AUGGAGACAUCCGAGCAUGAGUCGCAUCCCCCGCGCGAGGAGCCCGUCAACUCCAUCGAGGAUGACGGUGUGAUCACCCGAGAACUGUGGAAGUCGAUGAUGGAUCUGGUCCUAUCGAUAUACAACUACCGGGAAGACGAUGGCCAUGAUCCGUCGCGAUUGUUCCAUCGCAGUGUCAACAAGCGCUUUGUUCCGGACUACUACGAUAUAAUUAAGGAGCCAAUGGCCCUAAGUAUCUUGAAAGCACGCAUCAAUAAGCGGGAAUACACCCAUUUCUCGGAAUUCGUCCGCGACUGUGCCCUAAUCCCACACAAUGCGCAAACCUAUAACAGACCUCGAUCACAAGCUUAUGAGGAUGCGCUGGUCAUUAGGGAUGUUUUUGCGUCCGAGUUCAGGAAGCUAGCUGCGCAGGGUGUGAUCUCUGCCGAUGAGGCACAACUUCCCGAUCUAGGAGAAAUCCCUGAGGCUGACCCUCUACCCGAUGAUGACGAAGAUGAAGAGGAGGAGGAACCGGAAGAAGACGAAGACGAGGACGAGGUUGAGAUCGACGGCUCCGAGGAUGAAGGUCGAAGAAGAAAGAAGCCCGGUCCCAAGCCCGGGUUCAAGCGUCAGAAGCCAGAGCCAGACCUGCGCAAGAAACGAGGUCGUCCUCCUCGCGUGGAUACCCCCAUGGAAACCAGGAUCAAAACCAUCCUCAAGGGAAUCCGCAAAUUCAAGGGUGUUGGUGGCCAUUUGAAGAUCACACACUUUGAACGACUCCCCGAUAAAGCUACUUAUCCAGAUUAUUACAUGGAGAUUAAGGAUCCCAUUGCGAUUGACAUCAUCAAGCGCAAAUCCAAGCGCAAGAAGUACAACUCGGUCGAUCAUUUCAUGCGGGAUCUUGAUCUCAUGUUCGAAAACGCCAAAACAUACAAUCAAUCCGAUAGCGAGAUUUUCAAGGACGCAGUUGACUUGCAGAACGAAUCACGCAAAUUGGCCGAGCAAGAAAAGAAGAAGCCUGACAGUGAAUUCUUGAUGGAAGAUGGCCGCUUCCCUUUGCCGGACGGUAUUCUUCACCGCGGAGAGCUGUGGAAGGUUGGAGAUUGGGUUCACAUUCAGAACCAAAACGAUGUGACCAAGCCGAUUGUUGCGCAGAUCUACCGGACGUGGCAGGAUUCCGAAGGAGAGAAAUGGAUCAAUGCAUGCUGGUACUACCGUCCUGAGCAGACCGUCCAUCACUUCGAGAAACACUUCUUCCCCAACGAGGUUGUCAAAACCGGACAAUACCGAGAUCAUCGAAUCGAUGAAAUUGUGGACCGUUGCUUCGUAAUGUUCUUCACUCGUUACAGUCGUGGUCGUCCAAGGGACCUCGCGCCGGACAAAGAAAUCUAUGUCUGUGAGGCUCGCUACAACGAGGAAAAGCACAAGCUGAACAAGAUUAAAACAUGGGCCAGUUGUCUACCCGAUGAGGUUCGCGAAAAGGAUUAUGAAAUGGAUCUCUUUGAUGUUCCGCGCAAGAUCAAGAAGAUCCCCAGUCCGAUCAAGCAUCUUCUGAAGGAUGACGCCAAAGAGACCGACGACCUGCCCCGACCGACAUGGGGAACAGACAAUGCACCCCCCGUCGUUGGCGCAGUUCACCGCCGGCCCCGCGAUGAGAACGAAUCUCCACCACCGGAACCAACUCCAUCUCCUCCACCUCCCCAACCCAUGGCAGUCGCACCCCGCCAAUCCAUGGGCUUACGAGGGGCCCUGGGCAGUCCAAACACCGCAGCUGCCCUCCAAGCACGCUCACCCGCAGCCCCAAUCGCCAUCCAGACAUCACCCGGACCCGGUGCCUCCCCAGCCUUCCAGGGCCAGAUGACUCCUGCGCAGAUGUACCAAGCAUCCCUCAACCGGCGACCAAGCAAUUUCGCAGCUCCGCAAACACCAGCAGGCUACCAGGGAUUCCAAGCCCCUGUAAGCUCGGCCCAACCCACACCAUAUAACAACUAUCCAGGACGCAUGCAGGCCCCAGCCGCAGUCUACAACCCCAACGCACCGCGCCCAGUGGAAGUAUUCCACCUCAGCGAUGCCGCCAACGCCUCGAUCCCAGAAGACAUCCGCCAUCAAUUCCACUGCGAUGACCUCGGCCGCGUGCUUUUCUUUUCCACCCCGCCCGUGGACUACAUCCCAGCUUCUCCCCAGACACUCGGCCACUCCCUCAAGUAUCUGGCUACGAAAGACGAACACCAGAAGAAGGUCGAAGAACGCAAGCGCAAGCUAGCCGAAGAAAAGAACGAGCGCGACGAAGAAGCCAAGCGUCAACGCGCCGAUGUCGACUCCGCUCUCAAGACCCGCGUCGAUGCUCUCACCGGAAAGGCUUUCGAGUCCCUCGUCUCCCGUGUCGUCUCUGGAACAGAUCAGAUCUACCAGGACCUCCACCACGACCACGCAGACGGCGCUCGUGCCGCGGACGUGAGGACGCGCGAGCGUGGUGUUCUCGCGGAUCACUUAGCCAGAGUGCAGACCCGGCAGAUUCAGGCUCAAUCGACUGGCGAGGGCUUGGUCAAUCUGAAGGGGAGUGCCAUGUACCUGGAUGAGAUGUGA